AUGGAGCAACAUUCAGAGAGAUUACGUAUAGGGCCGCUACCCGGGGGUCGCCGGGGCACACCUGGAGCCAGUGCUGGGUGUUACAGCAUGCGAUCCACUGGCGGUGGGGGACUGAGCAGGCGGGUUCCCCCCGAACAAUUAUCUACAGCCGACAAUAGUUUACCCGUUAUUAGUGCUAGUCAAAAUUCUGCUGUUAGUUUUAACAGGCCAACUGAGGAUGUUUCGCAGGGAGCCGCUAGCUCACAACCUGCGACCACCAAGGCUGGUAAACCCAGAGUACGCAUGAAGUGGGACAAAGAAGUUAACUUGUUUAUUAUGCGUACUUAUCUUUAUAUUACAAAAUUAGAAACUGAUAAAGUUAUGUACCCUAAACGGCUAUUCGACAAAUUUAAAACACAAUAUCCGGAUUGGAAUGUAAGUCAACAACGUAUCGCAGAUCAAAGAAGAGUAAUAAUUAGAAAUAAAUUAAUAAGUGAAAAUGAAAUAGCACAUCUUAAAUCAGAAAUUGCUGAACAAUUAAGAAGGGAAGCGGAUUUAAAUAAUCAAACAGAUACAUCGUUACAUUCACCCCAUUUACAAUCACAACCGUUAAUUCAGACACACAAUAUAGUUACUAGCCCUACAACUUACAAUAUUACACAAUCUGAUGCUUCUACACAGACAAAUUUAACAUCCCUAGUUCACGAUACAGAAAUACAAUAUACUCAAUCUACAACCUUAGAAAACCCACAACAAGAAAACAUUGAAGAAUUAAAGAAUCUUUUAGAAACAGCACUAACUAAAUUUCAAGGUACUGAUCCUAAAACCCGACCAAAAUUACCGCGAUUAAAAGAGAGUAAGCUACUUCAUGAUCUGAUUUACACAUUCAAUACUCAUAUACUACCUACCUUUUUUUCAUUAGAUUCCGACCUACUGCAUUUACAUACAUUAAUCUAUUGUUCAGCUUUAGUAAUAAUAACAAAACUUGGCUAUAAAAUUAAGUCAGGAAAUAUAGAAGAUUCAAGCAUACAGAAGAAAAAGAGCCAUAAGCCCGCGUGGGAACAUAGAUUAGAAAACGAUAUAAAAAAGCUUAGAGCAGACAUUGGUAGGUUAACUCAAUAUUUAAAAGGCAAUAGAUCUAAAAAAGUAGUAAAAAAAGUAGAGAUAAUAUUUAAAAAUACCAAAGUGCACACUAUCCACGAACGAGAAAACAAGAAACCAGAAGAAUAUAUCGACACUCUUAAACAGAAACUAUCUUUAAAAUCACAUAGACUUGCAAGAUACAGGAAAGCACUUAAUAGAAAACAAGAUAAUAAAUUAUAUAGUACCAACGAAAAAGCUUUUUACAGGUCAUUGAAUAGUUGUACCUCGAAUAAUACAAAUAAUGAAGAACAAAUACCAAAUAAAGAUGAACUUAAAAACUACUGGGCAGGGAUUUGGGAAAAAAGGAGUGACCACAAUUUACAGGCAAAAUGGAUUGAAGAAGAGAAUCAGAAGUGGGGUUAUAUGGAACAGAUGGAAUUUAUAGAAUUAAAAUUGGAUGAUUUAACGGAAGUUUUAAAGAAAACGAAAAAUUGGAAAGCUGCUGGAAUAGACCAGAUACAUAAUUUCUGGUAUAAAAAGUUUACGUCAUUACAUGAUAUUCUAACAAAAAUAAUUUCAGACCUAAUUAACUGUAGAACUCCACUCCCAAAUUUUAUAACAACCGGUUUGACCUACAUGCUACCAAAAAACCAAAACACCCACGAUCCAUCACAGUACCGUCCCAUAACAUGCCUACCAACAAUAUAUAAAAUAAUCACAUCCUGCAUUACCAAUAAGAUAGUCUCACACCUGGAAGCACAUAAUGUAAUGUCAGAGGAACAAAAGGGAUGCAGGCGAAACCACAGAGGAUGUAAAGAGCAAUUAAUUAUAGAUUCAACCAUACUAAAACAUUCAAAUAAAUUUAAUAGAAAUUUGUAUGUCACAUAUAUAGAUUUCAAAAAAGCUUUUGAUAGUGUCCCACAUUCAUGGUUAGUCCAAAUUUUACAAACAUAUAAGAUUCAUCCUAAUAUUAUUAAAUUUUUGGAGGAGGCCAUGUCUAAUUGGAGAACCACAAUAACUUUAACAACAAAAACAUCUAAAAUCUGUUGUGACGAAAUCCAUAUUAGAAAUGGCAUCUUCCAGGGAGACUCUCUCAGUCCUUUGUGGUUUUGCCUCGCCCUAAAUCCUCUAUCUAGAAUACUAUCAGAUUCUAAAAUUGGAUACCAAUUAACACGUGACAUAGCGGUUUCUCAUCUGAUGUACAUGGAUGACAUAAAACUAUUUAGUAAAUCUGUGAAAGAAAUGAAAGAAAUGAUAAAAAUUACAGCGCAAUUUAGUAAAGAUAUAAAUAUGAAUUUUGGCUUAGAUAAAUGCAAAACUUUAACUAUAAAGAAAGGAAAAUUAAUUGAGAAAAAUUAUGAAAUAAGUGAGGAAAUAAAUAUAUCCGAGAUGUUAGAAGGGGACUUAUAUAAAUAUUUGGGUAUACUUCAAGCUAAGGAUAUUAAUCACUCAAAAUUAAAACAAGAUCUUACCACAGAGUACAUCAAAAGAGUAAACCAGCUGUGCAAAAAACAUCUUUAUUCGCGAAAUCUCAUAAGAGCAAUAAAUACUUUUGCUAUUCCGGUCCUAACUUACUCCUUCGGGAUAAUCAAAUGGUCUCAGACAGAUAUUAAGAAGUUAGAAAUAAAAACUAGAGUCACGCUAACUAAACAUAAUUAUCACCAUCCGAAAUCAGCUAUAGAAAGAUUAACGUUGAAAAGACAAUUAGGAGGAAGAGGGGUAGUUGAUUUAAAAAUACUUUGGCAAAACCAAAUCCAUAAUAUUCAAAAUUUUUUCUACAAUAAAGCAAAUACUAGUAAGAUACAUGCAGCUAUAGUAGAAGUUGAUGAUAAUUUCACACCGUUAAACCUAAAAAAUAAGAAUAAAGAGUUUAAAACUAUCCAAGAACAAAUAAAUGAAAAAAUUAAAGAUUGGAGAAGAAAAGAACUACAUGGUAGGCAUAUCCACGAUCUAGAGCAAAAUUUCAUAGAUUUAGAUGCGUCAAAUAAAUGGUUACAAAAAGGUUACCUGUUCCCCGAAACAGAAGGCUUUCUAAUUGCUAUUCAAGACCAGGUUAUCAAUACAAGAAAUUAUAAAAAAUAUAUACUUAAAGAAUCAAUAGUAUCAGAUUUAUGUCGAAAAUGUCACAGAAUGCCAGAAAAUAUACAACAUAUUACAGGAGCUUGCCCUACUCUAGCUCAAACAGAUUACACCCAUCGCCACAACCAAAUAGUUCACUACAUACAUCAAAAACUUGCACACAAAUAUAACUUCUCAAAUACUCCACUAAAACCUUACUAUGAAUACCAACCCAACCCCGUUUUAGAAAAUGAAGAAAUAAAAAUAUAUUAUGAUAGAGCAAUUCUUACUGAUAAAACGAUUCAUUACAAUAGACCGGAUAUAACUUUAGUUAACAAAUCAUCUAAAAUAGCUUACUUAAUUGAUGUUUCUGUUCCAAACACACAUAACUUAUUAAAAACUAUUACGGAAAAGAUCAAUAAAUAUACAGAAUUAAAAGAAGAAAUAAUUAGAAUCUGGAAUUUAAAUAAGGUUUUUAUUGUCCCUAUCGUGCUUUCCACUACCGGAGUCAUACCUAAACACUUACACCAAAGUUUAAAAAUUCUUGAUUUACCACCUCUCACAUACAUCACCAUGCAAAAAGCUGCUAUUUUAAAUACUUGUCGAAUAUGGUUGCCUCGCGCAGCCCUGUCGACGGCGUUUGGAGGGAACACCUCGCUUCCGGCCUCAGUCCGAAAAUUGGUCGCGAGUGCAGAGGCGUGGGCGGCAUUACGGGUCUUCAGUGAAGCCGUAAUGUCCGCAAAGGAGGAGGCGGAGCGGCAGCGGGAGGACGACACUAACUCCCUCCCGCUGCGUCAACGAAGACCGGGUCGACGGCGCCACGACCAUCUAGGCCAGAUGCCUUGA